AUUAAUGUGAUGCGCGUGCACGCGAAGGGGAGUCAGAUUUCGGUACAACACCGGAAAAGGCAACUCUGUACAUUACAGGCAUAUGAGCUCGACAUCAAAGCCUAGUUAUGGAGGACACUGCAAAUUCUCCUUCAAAACCAUCAACGACCUCAGGCUCAUGGGUCACAUCUCCCUUCAUUUACCUGGUAAUCCUUGGCGUAACUGGUGUCUCUGCCGCAAUAGCGUUACAGAUUUUUAGGCAAAAAAAUCUUCAAAAUGAUGUUUCGGAUGAUAGAGCAUAUCAGAUAGGAGAUCCGCUCCGGAUUCUUCUGGUUGGAAAAACAGGAGUGGGAAAAAGUGCAACAGGCAACACUAUUCUGGGAAGAAAAGUUUUUAAAUCUGAGAUAUCCUCCUCCUCUGUCACUGGACAGUGUGAAAAGUUUCAUGCAAUGAUAAAUGGCAGAAAAGUAUCUGUCAUUGACUCUCCGGGUCUGUUUGACACCAGCCUGACUACAGAUGAAGUGAUCGACAGAAUUAAACUCUGUAUUCCACUCUCUGCUCCUGGUCCACAUGUCUUCUUAGUUGUGAUUCAGCUGGGCAGAUUCACUGAUGAAGAGGCAGAAGCUGUUAGACUCAUACAAGCAAUUUUUGGUGAGGAAGCCUCCACAUACACCAUGGCACUGUUCACUCAUGGAGAUCGGCUGGAGGACAAGAACAUUCACACAUUUGUGCGGGACAGCCCAAAACUGCUCAGUUUCAUCAAAACAUGCAGUGGACGAUACCACAUGUUCAACAAUAAAGAACAAAAUCCUGAACAGGUCAUUCAGUUGCUGGACCAGAUUGAUAAAAUGGUCACUGGAAAUGGUGGGAAGUAUUAUACCAGUGAGAUGCUUGAAAGGGCAGAGAGAGCGAUUGAGAAAGAGAAACAACGUAUCCUGAAGGAGACAGAAGAGCAGAGACGGAGAGAGAUAGAAGCUCUGAGGGCUACACUUGAAGGUGAGGCCUAUGAAAAAGCAAGGGAAAAGGUGAAUGAGGAUUAUGAGCAGCGGGCAAGAGAGGAGGCUGAGAAAGACCCUUCAUUUUUAGAGAAUAUAGUCAAUUAUGUGAAGGAACUAGUCAAAAAAAUGUUUGGCUUAUUUUAUUCAGACCCAUUGGACACGCCAUUUUUUAAAGCAUAUAUGAAAAAUUUGAUGAAACCCAAAGUUCUUCUGUAAUUACGCAAACUUAUUUUUCACCAUGUUUAAUACACUUGUGGUUUGUAAGUGCUAUGGUUGUAUCAUUAACCUUAUAGCUGUUAUAGAAAGUAUUUUAUAUCUCGCCACUGACUGGAAACUUUUAAACUUGAGGAAGUUGAACUAUGAAUAUGAGCAGCUAGCAAGAUACCGAGUUGAAAGAGACCUUCCAUUCCUUCCUAUAGUAAUCCAUAUUGUUUUGUUUUUUUGUUAUUGUUGUUUUCAAAGCAUUAAGCAAAUUCUGAUCACCUUCUGAUGUGACUGAAAGACUUAAUUAACCACUUGCAUCUUUUAAAAUCACAUGCCUUAAACUGAUUUUGUGUGCAAACUUUGUGAAUAAAACAGUAGACACAAGCAACAUACAUUCUAUCUUUUCUUUCCCAAA